AUGGAUUCUCGAAAUUAUGCAUUCAGAGAAUCAUCCCCAAAUGGGUUUUACGUUCUAUCCACCGAAGAACUGAAAGGGUUUGAUCCAUUUUCACCCUUUCAAGAGGCAGCAACUCCAAUUCCACAACCACCAACGGUUGGGACUAGAAAAACUGAUUCGGAUCAACAAAGUGAGGCUGAAGUGCAGAGUGCACCUGCAGCCAAAGCAUCUUCUCCUAAGUUAUCUACUUCAACUGUGAAGCCUCGUCUUGGGGCUAUCCUAGAUGGACUCUGGCUUAUACUCUCCUCAACUUAUCUGUUGUAUGUGUCUUUAUUCCUGGGGCUGAGUGCAGUUGUCUCCUCAUUCUUCUAUUUUCAGAAAGUGACUGUUUUUGCCAUGACUGUUGCAAGCUCUGUUGAUAGAAGAAGAUUGUUUGCCCAGAUAAACAGCUUCAUUGCUGUUAUUAUUCUUGCUGGACAACUAACUUUAACAGGACAUAUCCUUUCUAUUGCUGGGGUUACUGUGGCUAUUUGUGCUGCUCCAUUUGUUGCCUUUUCAAAUAUGAUUGCUAUUGCAAUAUGGCCAACUUGGGUGGUGGUUGCUGCUUCUGAGACCAUACGAAAGGUGGUUACUUAUGUUGUGACCAGGCCUGGAAGAGAACUUUUAUUUACUGUGGUCUCCCAAGAGGAGAAAUACAAAGCUAAGGUAUGCAUAGAUGUAAUUGUCCAACGACUUGGAGAUGCAUCCGCAGCAGGAAUGUACAAACUACUGUUUGGCACUCUCCAUGGGAGAACAUCAACCGUUUCCCUCUAUGCCCUUCCUGUAAGUCUAAACCAACUUCCCAGAUAUUUAUAUUUUAAGUCUCAAACAUGUUUUCAUUCAAUUCAAUGAGCUUUUUCAUUGUCAGUAUCUAACUGCUUCUAGCUAUUUUUGUUCUCAACUUUGGUACAUU